ACUAAUACUAUAACAUAAAAGAGCUAACUACUAGCGUAAUAUCAAAUUUAAAAUAUCCAUAGUUACUGUUUUAUCCACUAUAUAAUAUAUUCAAAGAACACCCCUAACAAAAAAGCUUCCGCGCGGAGCUUUCGAGCUUUGCAUACUUGAGAAAUCAAUAGGAUAAAAAGAGACCCCACGUUAGUCUUACUCAACGCGUACACAAGAAGGAUAAUAACGGUGCAACAUCGUAGCGGGGAGUAUUUUUCGUUAUUUGGUUAAUUUCCAAGAAAAACCCUCUUCAAAAGAGGUUCUAACAGGAUAAGAAACACGAAAAGGUAACAGUAUCCCAGAGAAGGAAGAACUGCUGAGCAGGAAUCUUCCAGCUUAAUCACCACCUAACAUCGAUAUACAUAUAUGUAUGUACAUACAUAUAUCUCUAUUUUUAUGGCCGAUUCCCCACACAAAACGGACGCCCACGCACUCACAUACUGCAUACUGCAUACACAGGCAGGUUUGAAGCCUUAGCAAAAUGCGAGGACUCGUCGAGGAUACAAAGAAGACCAAGCUGUCAUCCAGCGCCAACAAUAACAACAACAACAGCAGCACCAGCGGGAGCAGCACUCGCCUCAAGUCUGGUGGCUCUGUCUCUGGUGGUGCCAGUGGCAGUUCCACUUCCAGUUCAAAGCCACUAAGGAGUGCAGCGAAAACGCCAACAAUGAGCACACCAGGCGGAGCAAUCGGAGCCGGGGCUGCGGCCAAAAAGGCGACCCAACAACAAGUUGGCAAGGUUGCCAAGACGGCGACAACAGCAACUGGGACAGCAGCAACAGCCACCAGAGCGGCGACAGCAGCGUCGGCCAAAGCACAAAAGGGUCAGAAUCCACCCCCACAGCCAUUGCAGGCAUCAAAGCAGCAGCCACAGCAACCCUUGGUGGUCGUGCCGCCACAGCAGCAGCAGCAACAGCCUCUCCCAGCGAACAACGGCAGCACCACGAUUGCUCUGCCAAAGGCCUCGCAUGCCAACACCAGCGAGGAGCUGGCCGGCGGCGUCCAGGACACCAUAUACCUUUGCAACUUCCGGGUGUCCGUCGACGGAGAAUGGCUGUGCCUUAAGGAGCUGCAGGACAUUGACGUGGCCGGCGGAACUGGCAGCCAGCAGCCAGCACACACCACCACUGACGCAUUGGGUGGCACAGGAAACUCCAGCCACUUCUCCAGUGGCUCAAACUCCAGCAAGCGCAACAGCAAGCGCUUCUCCGGAUUAUCCACCGGCAGCACCAGCGGCGGUGGCGGCGGCGGAGGAGGUGCCCUAGACAUCACGGACAAUGGUAUUAUGGCAAUUGAAAACCUUAUCGGCCGCAGGCUGUGCGACAUGGUCCACAGUGGCUCCACGGCACUCGGCUCCCAGCCGCACUCCCAGUCGCAGCACCAGAGUGUCGGCCUCUUCGCCGAGUGGUCGCAUCUCUCCCGGGACACGGCGGAGAUCGAGCGCAGCAACCUGGUAAACAUCUGCAAGCUGGUGGUCAAGGAGCUGCUGGAGCAGUCGCUGCGCUAUGGCCGCAUGCUGGACUCGGACCACCUACCGCUGCAGCACUUCUUCAUUGUCAUCGAGCACGUGCUGGGUCACGGCCUCAGACCCAAGAAGGGUCUGCUGGGUCCGCGCAAGGAGCUGUGGGACCUGCUGCAGAGCGUCGAGCACUACUGCCCGGAAGCGCAGGAUAUCACGGCCAGCGUGAGGGACUUACCCACGGUGCGGACCCACAUUGGCAGGGCCAGAGCCUGGCUGAGGAUUGCCCUCAUGCAGAAGAAGCUAUCGGACUAUUUGCAGGCUUUGAUCGAACACCGGGAGGAUUCUCUGUACGACUACUACGAGCCGCAUGCGCUGAUGAUGAGCGACGAGAUCGUUGUGAUAAUGGGCAUUCUGGUGGGCUUAAACGUGAUCGACUGUAAUCUAUGCGUCAAGGAGGAGGAUCUGGAUUCGCAGCAGGGCGUCAUAGACUUUUCCCUGUACCUGCGAUCCAGCUCAAGAAACGCGGAUGCUGCGCCGGAGGACAGUGCUCCGCCGGCACUAUUGGAUGCCACCGGGCAGGGCAAUAUGAUAGCGGUGCUGGACCAGAAGAACUACAUAGAGGAGCUCAACAGGCAUCUCAACGCCACUGUGGGCAACCUGCAGGCCAAGGUAGAGUCGCUUACCACGACGAAUGCUCUGAUGAAAGAGGACUUGGCCAUCGCACGGAACAGUUUGCUGGCUCUCCAAGCCGAAAAUCAGGCCAUGCGACAGUCCACUCACGGCGGGGACAACACCUCCACUGGUUCGGGUGACAAGGAAAAAAAUAAAGACAAGGAUAAGGCUUCCGAGGAACUGGUGGAAGAACGUCGCAAGACUGGCGAACUGGAGAAGGAGCUCAAGCUGCAGGUGUCCCUCAAGGCGGAGUCAGACAUGGCCAUGAAGCUGUUGGAGAAGGACAUCCACGAGAAGCAGGACACGAUAGUCUCGCUGCGCCGCCAACUGGACGACAUCAAGCAGAUCAACCUGGAAAUGUACCGCAAACUGCAGGAAUGUGAAGAUGAACUCACACAGAAGGGCGAGAUGGUCUCGCGCCUGCAAACGAAAGCCUCACAAAUUGGUAACAUUUUACAAUCGCUAGAAAAGAAGUACGAGUCGAAGCUCGUCGACAACCAGCAGCAGCACCACGGACCGGGAUCGGGACCGGGAGCGGGAUCGGGAGCUGGAGCCAUUGGUGGAGACCGCUCUCCCAACACACGGCGACAGCAGAAUCUGGAGAAGUUCGAGGCCCUCACCAAGAAGCACAAGCAGGACGCUGGCCCGCCCAUGAAGCGAAUGCACCUCAAGAUGGACGCCUUUCCGCCCUUCGAUCCGGCCAAGUACAGGAAGUCGCCGCGUCAACCGGAGCCACCGAACCCACUGGAGUUGCAGGAGAGCAGCAAGGACGUUAAGACGCCCACAUCUGCCAAGUCCCUGAACGAUGAGCUGGCCGAGGCAGCGGCUGCGGUAACUCAGCACUUUGGGUCAGGCGAUGGAUCCCGCAGCGACUAUGUCCUGUGCCGGGAGCAGACAGCCGCUGGAGACACUUAAGCCCCUGAAAAAAAUUAGAAUAAGAUGAUCCUCUGUCUAUAUACAUAUAUGGCCCAGUUUCGAAUUUCACACUCACAGAACUUGAUAGCGUUUGCUUUUGUUCACAUUUCUAUUUGUUUUUCCCGAAAGGGAAACUAAAAUUAGAUUUAUAACUUUAUGGAUUUAGUGCCUGACUGCAUUUAUACCUAAGGAGCCAGUACACAAUUUGAUGAAACAUCUUCGCAAGUAUGCAUUCCAAGUAGCGAAAAGGAAAUAUCUCAUUCCGAAGAAAUCCCAUUUGUCAAAAAUCAAUUAUGAUUAUUUAUUAAGUUUUUUUGAUCUCAAGAUAAAUGAAAAACACAUGAAAAUCGAAACGCUCUCAAUGUUCGCGUCCAGUUCCGAACGGAACUCAAAGUGCAGCUGCUUAACAGGACCCCCAAAACUAUAGAGUCCCUAGCUCUCUAUAGCCAUUGCGUGUGUACGAAAUAGGAUGCCUUUACUCCGUAGACCAGAUCUCCCCGAAGGGGGAUAGAAUACAAAUUGUUAAAGGUUAUAUGAAUUACAAAGUAUGCAACCUCUGUUAGCUGAAUUAUCUUCCCCGAGUCAGAGUCCCCGAUUAUAUACGAUUAUUAUACUAACUAAAGACGUAUGUAUGUAUAUAUGUAUAGUGCGAUUAGAGGAGGCUUCAGAGAUGUUUAUUAUACAUAUGUAUGUACAUAUGGAUUCAACCCCCGCGCAACCGCUUAAAUGUAAUGUAAUUAUACACUCCGCCUAGUCGAAAACAACAAGUAUUGUAAUUAUAUAAAUAAAUAUUGAGACUACAUAUAUAUGAAUAUAUACAAAUCUAUAUACAAUGUAACUCUGCUGUGGAGCAUCAGCCUAUGUAUUCUAGUACUCGUACUCUCCUAAAUCGAUCCCAGAGAAAUAAAACUUAUCCGAAUCCCA